AGUCCCUGCUUUGCAUUAUCGAACCUUCGAACAUUCCACGAGCAACUUCGUCAACUUCUUUUCACUUCAACUUUUGGACUUUUGUACAGAAGUCGCAAAGAUGACGGAAGGAAAUUUGUACCAGUAUAAUCCGAACUCGGCCAUUGCUGCCGUAGCAGCGGUUUUGUUCGGAAUAAGCUCCUGUUUCCAUCUUUUCCAGAUGAUACAAAAAAGAACAUGGUUCUACCUCGCUAUGACAAUCGGAGGGUUCAUGAUGACUGCUGGCUACGUCUUCAGAGUCCUAUCUAUCCACUCUCCGCAUAGUCUACUGCUCUACAUCCUUCAAGCCGUAUUACUGCUCCUCCCUCCAUCUUUGUACGCAGCGACUAUCUAUAUGAUCUACGGCCGCACCGUUCUCUUCGUCAAUGCUCCCGACGCCUCCAUCAUCCGACCUACGUGGGUCACCAAGAUCUUCGUGAUCGGCGACGUCUUCUCUUUCCUCGUCCAAGCAUACGGAGGAAGCAUGGAAGCCCAGGCCAGCAAAGCCAAGACCGGCUCACACAUCGUUCUUAUCGGUCUCGCCUCUCAGCUUAUUUUCUUCGGGUUCUUCCUCGUUGUUGCCAUUAUCUUCGAUCGAAGGAUGAGCAAGAGUCCUCUACGAUACACGGUUCCUACUUAUGGAAAACACAACUGGAGGAGCUUGUUGCUUUUGUUGCUUGGGGCAGCGGUCUUUAUUAUUGUGAGAUGCUUGUAUAGGGUUGCUGAGUUUGCGCCAGGCAACGGUGGUUACUUGAUGUCGCAUGAGUGGCCUAUGUAUGUUGGUGAUACUCUGCCGAUGUUGGUUGUUCAAGUUGUAUUUCAUAUCAUCCAUGCCGGAGAUGUGUUCCCUAGAGGGCAGACACAGAAGAGCGAGGAAGAGAGUUACAUCAAUCUUGAGGAAAGGUGAAGAUUGGAUAGCAGUGCCUGGAAUGUGGAUAACAAGAGGAAGCAGCUGUAUCAAGAAA